AUGCAUAAGCUAUCCCAAGUGUCCGUCAAUGACUCUGCCAAAUCCGAGGGAGCCAGUGUCAACUCCCACAGCAAUCAAGGCCAACACUCUACGAGCAUCCACAAGUACACGGCCGGUGUAUUAAGUGGCGAUGCCCCCGUCAGCACUCUCAUCGGGCUGAGGAACACCGACUUGAACAUAGCUCCUCGAUACGCUAAGGUCCAUGGCGAAGUCGAGGACGCCUUGGCAAAGCUCGCCCAGAGGCCGAACCAGUAUGUUUCGUUUCGUCUGUCUUAUACCUCCACGCACGAUAUGCGCCGCAUUUGCAGAGACUUGAACCUGUCGACGAACCAUGUGGUCGCGCAUUGUUCACUUGUUCCCCUACUCUAUUCUUCGGGGCGACAUGAGAUCGUUGUACAAACUGCUCAAACGUGAUUGGCUCAAUAAUGAAACAAUUCUAUAAUAGGUUUAUACUAACCUAGCGAAUUUUUUGACUGGUUCAAUUCGAUAAGUUUGUAUCGAGACCUUCUGUCGCUUCUGGAGAUAGUAACCUGAGUUCGACUUUUAUUUUAGUUGGGAAAUUUCACAUAACCCUUUCUUCUCAUAACUAAAGAACAUGCUAAUGCAAUCAUAGGUAAGGUUAUUGAGCCUAUUGAGCGGCGGGA